AUUCUUUAUUUGAGGGUAUAGUAGAUCUAUAGCUAUUCUUGUAGUGUCAGGGUUCUGUUAUUGCCAUGCUCUUCACCAGAGGCAAGGGUCAGCCUGAAAUUUGACAUUGUUGUGGCUUCCUGCAGGAAAUGGUGAAAAUACUGCUUGCUUUUUGACAGCCACCAUGGAGAGAAUAGAUAGUGUAGCUGUUGAUAGGCUUGAAACUUUGCCAGGGGUAUGUGUGACUUCUGUUCUGUAACACAGUUGUCUGUGCCUUCCCCUUUUCCAGGCCUGGAUACUGUAGCAACUUGGAAGUUUUGUCUCUUUCUGGACAACACCCGUCUCAGUGUUAACCUGUCUUGCAUUAUCUACAUGCUCUUUCACUAGUACCCAAGUAUGAUUUUAAGGGGAUUUAUUUUGCUACCUGGUUGUCUAGAGUUGUCUCCUUUCUGCCUGUUAUCAAAGUUGGGGCCAGGGGCUACCUUUUCUUAAUUGCAGGACAAGCUAUAACCAGUGGCAGAGACUUUUCAACUGACAGUGUCUGUUAAAUUCACUCAUAUCUGGCAACCCUCAAGACACUGCAGUUUGCACUUUUGAAGCUGCGGAUGAAAAUGUGUCUCUACUGUUUGCUCUCUGUUAUUACUUCAUGUACUUACCGCAGCACUAAUGGUUUUACCUGCUACUAAAACUACAUCUGUGUUCCUAAACUACAGCAUGGCAAAAGAUUAAGGCAAACCUAUGCCUAUUUCUGCAGUCAGACCUACUGUUCAAAUAUAAGAAGCUCUCAAGCUGAUAUGCUCAUGGCAAAUAGAAAUUGAAAGAAAGCUCUGAUCUUCUGGAGCUUAGUGACAGAUUGAAAAUGUGUUUCUUGCAAGUUUGUCAGUUCAGCUUAGUGUUGGCGACCCAGGCACAACUCAGAGGAGAUGCCUCAGGGAAAGAAAAGAAUCACAGCCAGUGAUCUUCCAGGCAGCCUGAAGAAAGACAUAUGAACAUUGCAGUUUCAGCUUCAGAUGAUUUAUUCUUCUCCCCAGUAAGAUGAAUAAACUCUUCCUGAAUUAAUCUGCGUGACACUUCCUCCUUUUGUUUUCCAUAGAUCUUUCAGCUUCAGAUCUGGAAUAAAGAUCAGUCUUCCAAGUGAUAUUCUUUAGACUACAAUUUUUAAUCCAUACUGCUCAUCUGAUUACAUGAUGGAAUUCACAUUUUCUCAAGAAAAGCUGCGUAUCUUGGAUCAGUACCAUUGAAGGUAUCUUCUGACUGCGACACUCGAAGCAGGGACCUAUAACAAAUUUGUCAAAAGAACAUACACAAUGGAUCUCAAAGAAAGCUGCCCGAGUGUUAGCAUUCCCAGCUCUGAUGAACACAGAGAGAAGAAAAAAAGAUUUACUGUUUACAAAGUGCUGGUCUCAGUUGGCAGAAACGAAUGGUUUGUCUUUAGACGGUAUGCGGAGUUUGAUAAACUCUACAAUACGCUAAAGAAGCAAUUUCCCACCAUGAAUCUGAAGAUUCCAGCUAAAAGAAUAUUUGGAGAUAAUUUUGAUCCUGAUUUUAUUAAACAGAGAAGAGCAGGACUGAAUGAAUUCAUUCAAAAUUUAGUUAGACAGCCAGAGCUAUGCAACCACCCAGAUGUCAGAGCAUUUCUUCAGAUGGAUAACCCAAAACACCAGUCGGAUCCAUCCGAAGAUGAAGAUGAAAGGAGCAGUCGGAAGUUAAACUCUACCUCACAGAAUAUCAACUUGGGACCAUCUGGAAAUCCUCAUGCUAAACCAACAGACUUUGAUUUCCUGAAAGUUAUUGGAAAAGGCAGCUUUGGCAAGGUUCUUCUUGCAAAACGAAAACUGGAUGGGAAAUACUAUGCUGUCAAAGUGCUGCAGAAAAAAAUUGUUCUUAAUAGGAAAGAGCAAAAACAUAUUAUGGCUGAACGCAAUGUGCUUUUGAAAAAUGUGAAACAUCCAUUUUUGGUUGGAUUACAUUACUCAUUCCAAACAACAGAAAAGCUUUACUUUGUCCUGGAUUUUGUUAAUGGAGGAGAGCUGUUCUUUCACUUACAAAGAGAACGUUCCUUUCCUGAGCACAGAGCCAGAUUUUAUGCUGCUGAAAUAGCCAGUGCACUGGGCUACUUACACUCCAUAAAUAUAGUGUACAGGGAUUUAAAACCAGAAAACAUUCUCCUAGAUUCAUUAGGUCAUGUUGUGUUGACAGACUUUGGACUUUGUAAAGAAGGGAUUGCAAGUUCUGAUACCACUGCAACUUUUUGUGGGACACCAGAAUAUCUUGCACCAGAAGUCAUUAAAAAGCAGCCCUAUGACAACACAGUAGACUGGUGGUGCCUUGGUGCAGUUCUUUAUGAAAUGCUUUAUGGGCUGGUAUGUACUGUUGGACCAGAUGACAUUGGGAAUUUUGAUGCAGUGUUUACAGAAGAAAUGGUCCCGUACUCAGUUUGUGUUUCUUCCGAUUACAGCAUUGUUAACGCCAGUGUCCUAGAGGCAGAUGAUGCAUUUGUUGGAUUUUCUUAUGCACCACCUUCUGAAGAUAUGUUUUCCUAGGAAGUUAGAAACCAACAGUGUUUUGGAAGUCUUGGGGUGAACUGAAAUCUUAGGGUUAUGGACACAUUCCAAAAUAGCAUAACUAGUGCCUCAUUUUGUAUGUAGGUUUGAAACCUAUGAACAAACUUUCUCUGCUGUAUAGGAGGAAUAUGGGCAUUUUGGAUGGCUUUCUUUGGGGUUUGAACUGUUUGUUCCUGCUGCAGAAAAUAUUUUUUAAAACCUUUAAAAAGUGUUCUCUACAUAUUUUUUAAGCAAAAACACUGACUGUUCUCCUCAAUCCCUUCAAGUUUACAUUCAUACCUAUGUAAGAUUUGGCUGGCACAAACAGCAGCAAAUUUAGUAAAUUUAUAAAUGCUUUUGUACCUAUUUACAGUGACUUUGUGCUUAAAUUGUAACUAUGCAAAUUGUCUUUUGUAUAUCCUGGUUUAAAAAAGGUAAAUGUUUUCCCUGUUGUAUCAGUUUGAAAUAUAUGUUAAUUUACCUGUCAGCACUUAAAUGAGGGGUUAAUAUAAGUUAAGAGCAAGAUUCUUAAAGGACUUCUACAGAAUGACAAGUUGAUCAUGUGAAACUGGAUUGUUCUUGCAUUUGCUUGCUUCAAGUACCCAUUCACUCAACUGAAUUAUCUGAGGUAUGGGGGAUUACUUAAAGCAAGGAUGGAACAAAUUAACUGUAUUGAUCUGAUAACAUUACUGAUCAUGUGUUCUACUUUUUUUUCCUCCCUGAGAUAAAUGCGUCGGUAUUUCAACUACAUUAAAAAUAUUUUUGGUUAAAAUUCUGCUUUUCCAAAGAUAGAAUAUGCAAUAAUCACUGUUACUUUAAAAGACUAUCUUGCUUUGACCUUUUGGGGGUGGAUGGUGAGGGGAUCAUGCCAAAUAUUUGGGAUUUUUUCUCAUGGAUUUAUAGUUUGAAACACUAAUGUUCCAAAUUGAUUGUAUUUCAACAUUUAUAGCUACUUGUCUUGGUGUUCCAGAUUGCACCAUUUUUAAAUCUUCACUUGAUAUUGGGGGGAAAAAAAAAAAGUAAAUUACGCUAAUUUUAAAAAUGUGAAAAGCUGUUGUAUUUCUCAUAACAUACAUGUGUAUGGACAGACUGAUAAUUCUGAACAGUUUCUGUUUAAGGAAAUAUUUUUAAACAAUGCAAAAAUUGACUGCAGUUACAGUGUAUAAAGGCCUACCGAAGUAGUAGUUAUAUAUAUUACUUGUAAAUAACAACUUAUUUUUGUCUGUUACUUCAAAAAUGUUCAGUGUUUUUUGUUCAUAAAUACAUUCAGUUAAAUGCCUUGAUUUAAGUGUGGUAAGAUACUGAUGAGCCAGAGUUAAAUGUUAGAUAAAUUUCAAUAUCUAAAUCGUCUCAUUUUUGACAAAAUAAGAACUAAGAGAAAUUAUACCUAUAUCGCAUCAAGAUCAGUUAAAAAUUGAGAACAUUAGGGAAGAGAGUGUAUCAAAUAAUAAUUCUUCUGAAGUUAAUUUUGUCAACAGUGAAACAUUAGGCAAGUGGAAACUAAAACAGAAUUCCUUGCUUAUCUCAGUAAGUAUCUCCUAUAGCACUAGAUCCUUCAUAGUGCUUAAGUGAUGCUGAACAGUUGCUGCGUGAGGUGUUGGAAGGAGUGCUUGAGUAAAAGAAGUAAGAAUUGGCAUGGAAGGAGGGAAGGAAGGAACUGUAUCAGUUUCUGGGAGUGGAGUGGUGGCUUGGUGCUCAUUUUCCAUAGUGCUGCUGUGAAAUUUUGAGAGGUUUGGAAAUAGCUGUUCAGGACAACUAACUACUACAUGAAUCCUGUUCUUGCAGUUGUUACCAUUUGGAAGCAACAGCCUUACUUUUUUUUUUUU